AUGAGCAGGAAACGAGGACAAAAGGCAUAUACAGAUGUUUUGGAGUUUCUUAACCCAAAGAUCCCAUCGGAAAUCGAAGAUGACAUCCUGGGAGCGUUUGCUACGUACAGUAUUGAGUCCGAUAUGACAUCGGCAGAUCUGCGUUCCUAUUUCGAAGAUCUGCAAAUGCCUCGCGAGCUGACGAAGAUGGUCAAUGACAGAGACUUGUGCAUUGAAGGGACUAACAUAGUGAGCUUUGAGAAGCUGCUAAAAACCACUUUCCAUUUGCUGGUCUUUAUGAACAACGCAGAAAUUGUGGAUACUCAAUGGUCAAUGCUGGUACAAGCUUGUGGCCGAGACGCACAGUUUCCACAUGUGGCACUACGCAGUCACGUCCUGAGCAUUAAAGACCUUCAGAAAGUCGCCAAUAGCAUCAGUAUGGAUAAUGGACGCCUGAUUGAAAUGAUGAGCUGUGCCACCAAUGGGACCAGGGUUUAUGUAACAUGGCUGGAUUUUGCAUUUUUGUUAGGCAAACUUGGCCAUUUGGUUUUUUAG